ACUUCGCUGCAGAGAUGGGAGCCAGCGCGGUAUUGAAAAUAGUAUUAAAGGUGGAGUUCUAUUGCCUCAAAUGCAAGGUGCUCGUGAUGAAAACGAUAACUAAACUGAUGGGGAUUGAUAAGAUAGAAAUCGACGCCGAGAAAAGCACGGUGACGGUGUUCGGCGACGUUGACCCAGUGGCCGUCGUCACCCGACUGAAGAAGGCAGGCAAGAUGGUUCAUAUAGUGACGGUGGGGCCACCGCCGAAGGAGGAGGAGAAGAAGAAGGAGGAGGAGAAGAAGAAAGAGGAGCCCUGCAAGCUUCCCCCCUGCUGUAAAAAGUGCGAGCACUUCUCCGUUACUGUUGAAGAGUACCCACAAUGCGCCAUCAUGUGAUGAUAUUGGACA